AUGGAUAAAGAACACGGUUGUGGAGACAGGAAGCCUUACCGUUACCGCCCUGGAACAGUUGCUCUUCGUGAAAUACGUAAGUACCAGAAGGGCACCGAUUUUCUCAUAAAGAAAUUGCCGUUCCAGAGGUUGGUCAGAGAGGUUGGUCAGAAUUUAAAGGUUGAUCUCCGUUUUCAGAACCAUGCGCUUCUCGCCCUGCAGGAGGCAGCGGAGGCUUACCUUGUUGGCCUCUUCCAGGACACUAACCUGUGCGCUACACAUGCCAAGCGCAUCACCAUCCUACCUAAGGACAUUCGGCUGGCUAGGAGGAUCCGUCACGAGAUGGCAUAG